AUGGCUCACACUCCGGCGACUGACGGCGCCCCGAGAUCUACCCCCCAGAACCUGCAUCGGACGCCUCGAGCAAGGCACUGCGAAGAGGACUUCUACGUGUCCAUCCUCCCACUGGUGGCCGACGCCAGGCCCGAACGCACGAGGAACGAGAUCAACCUCUGGUUCGAGACAACGUCCCGCGGGCACGUGCCCAGCGUCAUGAGCGAAAGCCUGCCGACCACCGGCACAGACGGGUCUUCGACGGCGUGCCACGUGAUCGCGAGCGCCGCGUACGCCGAGCACUCCUGGGACUCUCGGUUCGGCCGGCACAGGAUGGUGCUGGCCAACCUCUACAACAAUGGCACCGAACCGUGCAAGACGCGCAUGGUACGCUCCAUCUCGUACUACCGCUACUGCGCGUCCAAGGCGCUCUCGGCUCGCUGCCUGGUCGUCCCGAGCUACCGGCUGGACGUCGAGGCACUGCAGCAGGCCCUGAAGAGCUGCGACGAGACGCUCGUCGAACUGAGCUUGCCCAACAUCGAGCUCGAGAGCUCCGUGUCGAUGCGGCAAGCCCUCAAGAGGGCUGGCCUGGCUGCUCUCUUCGACCCGGAGAAGGCCGACCUCAGCGGCCUCCUCAAGGAGUCUGGCGAGCCUCUCACCGAGUUUGUACACAAGCUCAAGCUCAAGGUGACCAACGUGGGCCACGAAGGAGAGCACCACGGCGUCACGGUGAUCAACGAGAGCGGCGAGCACCCCGGCUCGCCGAUCGAGUUCCACGUCAAUCACCCGUUCGUGUUCGUGCUCUACGAGCCGGUCAACAACACUAACCUGUUCGUCGGCAGGGUCGUCGAGUUGAUCAUGGUAGAACAGUCAUGCCAGGACAACACGAGGCGGGUGCUGUACAGGGCUGCUUAA